AUGGACCAAGAGCUUAAAGCAAAAGGCAACGAGCUCUUCAAAGCUGGUGACUACACCGGUGCCGAGGAAUUCUUCUCCCAAGCCAUUCUCAAAAACCCCACCGACCCGACCUUUUUCACCAACCGCGCUAUCACGCGCAUCAAACUCGAGAAAUGGGCCGAGGUCGAACAUGAUGCACGCGCUGCAAUUGAUAUCUACGGCUUGAAAAGUCCAGCAGCUCUCAAGAGCUCUUUCUAUCUUGCACAGGCUCUGCUGGGUCUGAAGCGCCCUCAGGAAGCUUAUGAUGUCGCCUCCGACGCCUAUCAGUUGAGUCUGGCUGCUAAGAAUGUGCAGACGGAGAACCUGUCGCGUACGCUGUUGCGCGCGAAACAACAGCUCUGGGAUGCAAGAGAGACUGCAAGAUUGCGCGAGAUGAACGAGACUUUGAAGGGUGUCGAGUUGCUUAUUGAGGCAGAUCUGGCGCGUAGCGUUGCUGAGCUGCAGGCGCAAUUGGAGCGUGGGGAGAUUGGAGAGAUUGGAUUUGGACAAGAUGAACGGGCAUUGCGCGAGGAUGCGCAGAAGAAGGUGACGGAUGUGCGGGAGGCCUUUCGUAUUUCUUCCAAGGGGGAGAUUCAGGAGCGAAUUGUGCCUGACUACCUCAUUGAUGGUAUCACUUUUGAGAUCAUGCAUGAUCCUGUUAUGACCCCCUCUGGUAGUAGCUUUGAUCGUCUUAGUCUGUCGAAAUAUGUGGAGAAAGCCGGUGUUGAUCCUAUCACUCGUGCUCCUCUGACUGUCAACGACCUACGACCCAACUACGCCCUCAAGGCUGCUUGUGAGGAAUUCCUCACUAAAAAUGGAUGGGCUGUUGACUGGUGA